AUGGAGCACCUCUCAGAAGCAGCCCGCACCGUUAUUACCUCACUACAAGCUCUACCAGAGGCUCCAGAGUUACAACGAGCUAACAUUGCCAUAAUAGGGGGUCUCGCACUUCAACACCACGCCCCAGGCUACCGGCCAACAAAGGAUGUUGAUAUCCUAAUUUUCAAUCGGGACCAUCCGAUCUGCACUCUGGAUGUCCGGGCUAAACUAGCCUCCCGCUUCCCGAACGAGUUCGAGGACGUACCAGAGCCAGUAUCCUCCUGCCUCAAUAUCCCGGACACGAUCAAGGUGGACUUCGUCCCACAGGAGUUGCCACCAUACCUUCCGGCUCAAGCGGCAACCCUGGAGGAGGUGGACCCGAAUCAUCUUCCUUUUCUUCCCCUGGUGGACCUCCUUGUCUACAAAAUCAACAGCUGUGGCAUGCGGCCCACACCUGAAAAGCAAAAGCAAGAUGCAGAGGACGCGCAAGAGCUAGUCAACAUCCUGUCUUCGCCGGGGACCAUUACCCUUGAUGACUCGCAGAAACAGGCUGUCGUGUCGGGUCUGGAUGAAAUGUUAGAGUAUUCUGAGGAGGAUAGAGACUGGUGGGAAUCUGCUCUCGGGCUGAGCGUCUGA